ACACAGAUGCGCAUGCGCACCAGAGUCCGUUCGGCGGAAAUAUAUGAGGAAAUGUGGAGGCGUACUCUUCGUCCAUCUAGAUUUCAUUAAGAUGCAGUCCCUUUUCGUAGUUUCAUACGUUCAUCGUUUUAACAAAUAUUGGGAUGCUUUAGUCUUUAGUUCGUUUUUAAGCUAGCUACUCAGCUAUCGCUUUUACUUGUCACCAACUUCUUUUGUCUAUUUAGAGUGGAGGCCCAACGGUCCACUGUACCUCAGAUAAAAUGCCACCACGUUUUUGACAUUUAUUUCCCUUAGUUCAUUCAUGGAUUAUGACAUGGCGUAUUUAUUUAAGCCUCCGACAUUUUCAAACCAAAAUAAUUAACGUCGGACGUGACUCAUGGCGUCCUCAAAAGCAGAUAGCGCAGUAAGUAAAGACACCAAUUGUGCGAAAGAAAAUAGCAGCGGUUCCUCGGGUGAAGCGUCAGACAACCACCAGAGGUAUUGCCUUGAAGACUUGGUGAGCAUCGCCACAGUGGGUACAGGAACCUUUGGUCGAGUAUUCCUGGUUAGGGACAAAACCAGCAGGACCUUCUAUGCUCUGAAACAGAUGAGGAUCCCCGAUGUGAUCCGACUGAAGCAGGAGGAGCAUGUCCACAACGAGAAGGCGGUUUUGAAAGAGGUCAACCACCCCUUCCUCAUACGAUUGUUUUGGACGCACCAUGAUGAAUGCUUCCUUUACAUGUUGAUGGACUACGUGCCCGGCGGCGAGCUGUUCAGCUACCUUCGUAGCCGAGGCCGCUUCAGUAACGCCACCGGUCUGUUCUACGCCUCUGAGAUCGUCUGCGCGAUCGAGUACCUCCACUCCAAAGACAUAGUUUACCGCGACCUGAAGCCUGAGAACAUCCUGCUGGACAGGGAGGGCCACAUCCGCCUGACUGACUUUGGCUUUGCAAAAAAGCUUUCUGACAGAACCUGGACUCUGUGUGGCACCCCGGAGUAUCUCGCUCCGGAGGUUAUCCAGAGCAAAGGUCAUUGCCGUGCAGUGGACUGGUGGGCUCUUGGCAUUCUCAUCUUUGAAAUGUUGGCCGGGCAUCCACCUUUUUUUGACGACAAUCCAUUUGGAAUCUACCAGAAGAUCCUGGCAGGAAAACUGGAUUUCCCACGGCAUCUGGAUUUCUACGUCAAAGACCUGAUCAAGAAGUUUCUGGUAAUUGACCGAGCCAGACGGCUGGGCAACAUGAAGAAUGGAGCAGAUGAUGUGAAAAAGCACCGAUGGUUUAAGACCAUCGAUUGGGAGACGGUACCACUGAGAAAACUCAAGCCUCCGAUAGUUCCCAAAGUUUCCCAUGAAGGCGACACCGCAAACUUUGAAGUUUACCCCGACGACGAAUGGAAAAAGGACCCGUGUGUUCCGCCCAGAGACUUGGAGAUCUUCAAAAACUUCUGACAACUCAGACAGAAUCUUUUCUUUAUGG